AUGCCAAAUUUGGAAUAUAUACUCACUGCUGAGUUUCAUAUCGAUAAGGGCCCCAGUCUCACAUAUCAGUACCCCAAUGAGAUUCCUGGUCUUCAAAAUCUUUACUUCUUGCCUGAGCUAAUGCUUCCCGACCAGAUUCACAAAAGAAAUGAAGACUUCACGUUGUUCUUGUUGUAUCGAAAUCUCAACACUGGAGAGUUUCAAUACUUGUACAAUCGAAAUACAUGUGAGAGUGAGCCAUACUUUUUAUACACUAUAGUGACAAAUAUGAAGAAAGAUGAGUUUAAGCGUGGGUCUCAGAUUAAGAGUUUGAGUGUUUUGACAAAAUUGAGCUUUUUCAAAAGUUUUAAACCUUUGCUUAUGAUCUGUUUGGACUUGUAUUUUCCAAAGAACGACCAUAGUGUCAUCAAAGAGUUGUACCGCGCUAUCAAUGAAAAGGAUUUCCUGAUCAGUCACGACUUGAAUGGUGGUAAAUCUGUAGGUGGAGGAAGUGAUGAUGAUAUAAGUAUCGUCAAGAAAAUUCUACUCACAAGUAUCUUGGACCUUCCGAUAAAUGACAAGAUAUAUUACGAUGAAAGUUUUCGUAAUCGAAUUUUGGGGAUUGGCAAGAACCAAGUCAUGAAUGAGUCCUUGUUCAUACGUAAGGAUUUGAGUUUGAACUCGGUAAUUGAUUUUAACUCGAUGAAGAUCCCAGUAAGGAUCCCACUACUUUCCUUGCCGGACACGAUUGGAGACUAUUUGAAUCCCACAGACUUAAACAUGAGACCAAACUUGAUUAGUUUUCUUAAUUGUAAAUUGGCAAGCAGCUAUCUAAACAACGAGUUGACUAUUUAUGGGUUGCAAACCCCUCCCAUCAUUUUAUUGAUCAAUGCCGUGCUAACUGGUAAAAAGAUUCUUUUUCUAAGCUAUGAAAAUAGUGCUGGCCACAUCAUUGAUCAUGUAUUGUUGCUCUUGAAGAUUGUCACUGGUGGUGGAAUAUUGAGCGGGUUGUUAACAAAUUAUAAUGUGUUCCCUAUAAUUGACGUUUCCAAAAUCGAUCUUCUUGAAGAGUGUGAGAGUUUUAUUGCUGGUACAAUAAAUCCGUUUUUCAAAAACAAUGACAAACUAUGGGACCUACUUUAUGACUUGGAUGCAAACGAGUUGUUUCUCAGUUCUAAUAUUGAGAAUAGCAAGUCUUUUGGUGGUGCUGGUGUUGGUGCUGCUGGUGGCGCUGGUGGCGCUAGUGGUAAUAGCAAUAGCAGUGGCGGAUUUGGUUAUUCAGAGUUUCGAAAUUCAAUUAUUGCGGAAGAUGCCAGGUUCCUUUCUAAUUUACAACUUUCAUUAUUCAAUUAUAAUGAUGACUUAACAACACUACAACUUAUUUUUAGAAGACACAUAAACGAAAUCAUUCGAAUACUUUUGAGCUCAAAGAAUUUCAAUAAUAGCUUGGUGCCGUCGAAUAAGGACCUCGUCUUGUUGUUAGAUGGGAUUGGGUAUUUCUGGACCAGUGAUACGAACAAACUACUCGAAAUCUCCUGUUAUCAAUUAAUCUCCAAAAAGUUUCAGGACUUGCUCUAUACUGAGAAAUUAGUUUAUAACCUCCUGCUUCCCAAUUUAUCCAAUGAAUUAAACUUGAUGAUCGACUUGCACUACCAUUUGCAAAGUUUGAGCAAUGUUUCAGUGGUCAAUAACAAAAUCAAUGAGCGGGAGAUUUGGUUUAAUAUUUUGAAGUUUCUUAUUAGUGGCAAAUCAUUAGAGAUUUUUUUGUUGAUUACAUAUUUGAUUCCACCAAGCAGUUCAACUAGUUUACAAAGUUCCUCGGCACAUGGAGGAAACUUGACCAUAUUUGACAAAAAUAAAGGGAUAGAGAUAUUGCUCAUCAACUUGUUUAAUCAUGAUGACCAAAUCAAGUCUAAUAUUGUGAUGAUUUUGCAAGAGUUGCAAGACAAUUUCCUUUGCGGAUGGUGUCUUGAGAAAUUUCUAAAGUCAAACUUGAUUUAUGAGAUUGCGUUUAAAGAACUUAUUGCUGAAAGCUAA